AUGCUGGCCCCUUUGGGCUCGCUGAAGGCCACAGCGAAGAUCAGGGCCAAAGUCAAGGUCAGGACACCGUUGGCGGCUCAAGUGGAGGAUCCAGACUCAAUCCUGAACCACGGCAUCCAGACGGCUGUGAGCGAUCAGGCUCAGGUGGACUGCGAAGACACCCUCCAAGACGAAAGCGCAAACAGCAGAGGGCGAGGCAGAUCCGACACGACCAACACGACAGCCUCUUUCUGGACUACGGCUUCGUCGUCGAACUCGAUACCUGCCAUCACGUUCAGCGAGAGCAGCAGUCCUGAUCCUGGCCACGAGGGUAUCGAGGAAGCUGCAAGUCGCCCGAUCGAAGCGGCCAUUGAAGCCGAAAUCGCAGCAGAGGCACAGCCCGGCUCAGGCAUAUUAGGGCCAAGUCUAGGUUCCACCACUUGGGGGGGGCCGGCGUCAUCGUGGCCCGGGGCCAAGAUCGGCAUCUUCAACAUCAGCAUCAUCAUCAUCAGCAGCAGCAGCGGUGGUGGCAGCGCUACCAGCACAAGCACCACCGGCACCACCACUGCCACUCCCGGUAUCAGGGAGAACAGCCGGAGUGGACCAUCCAACCCAUCAUCAGAGGGACCCACGGCUGAUAACACCACUCUGGUUGCCUCUUCUCAGCCAUUCCCGCCCGGCACCCACCAACAACCCACCAACACCCACCCAGCACGCAACCUGUCUACCCACUCUGUAACCUUCCAUCCAAUUAUCCCCUCCAUUCCGCUCAUUAUCUUUUUUCUUUCGCAAUCAUCACCUCAAAAUUCUCAUGCAUGUCCACCGACGUAUGAGUAG